CCCACGCUACACGUCACCGAGCGCUCCGCCGAUGACGUCACCAGAGAACGCAGAUCUGAUUGGUCGCGCGGGCUCCGCCGGCUCUUCAAAGCCCGAGCCGAGCGCAUUGUGCAGCGGUGGGCGGUGAAAGGCUCCAAAACAGCCGAGGGACUUAUAAAUGCAAAGACCUUUCACAGGUGAUGGCAACUUCACUUCUUGGGGAGGAACCGAGGGUUGGAUCCACUCCAUUGGCCAUGUUAGCAGCGACCUGUAACAAAAUCGGGAGCUCGAGUCCCUCGUCGGACAGCGGCUCGUUUGGGAAAGGAGGAUUUCACCCGUGGAGACGCGCAGCGCCCAGCAGCUGUUCUCUCUCUCCGUACGGCGCGCAGCGCAACGACUCGUUCAGUGCCAACAGCUCGUUCUCAUUAACGGGCAACAACGCCUCCACCAGCCCGUUUGGAAACGAUUAUCCCGUGUUUCAAACUUCAGUGGCCAACAGUUCUCAGGACGCGAGCGCGCAGUCGGUGUUCAUCUCCAAAGUGGACACUCUGCAGGGGAUUUACCCGCGGAUGAGCGUCGCGCACCCGUAUGAGACGUGGUUCAAAUCCGCGCACGGUGGCAUCUCCGCCGGGGACGUGAGCGCCGGUGGCGGCUCCUCCUGGUGGGAUGUGGGCACCGGUUGGAUUGAUGUUCAAAACGCGAACGGCGCCGCGCUCCAGAGCUCUUUGCAUUCACCCUUGGGUGGAUAUAACUCAGAGUAUUCCUCCCUCACUCACUCCGCGUUCAGCGCCAGUCCGUCUCCGCAUCUCCUCACAGGAGGCCAGCACCUGAUGGACGGAUUCAAACCGGUUUUAUCUGCCACGUACCCAGAAACCAGCCCAGGUCCUAACGGCGCACGAUAUCGUUGA